AGUGAGGGCUGCUCUGGAGAGGAGGGGUGCCGGGAUCUGUCUGUCUUGUCUGUCUGCUGUACGCUACACUAAUGAGAUUAAUCAACUCUUAAAGCUGCUUCUAAAUAGUAGUAGUUGCGUCGCUUCUCGCACGCCGCUCCGCAUGUGCUCUCCUGCUCACUCGUUCAGCUCCAGCACAACCGCAGAGCUCAGUGACAUUAUUUUUGGGAAAGAAACUGCUUGUUGGAGCCUCUCUCGCCCUUAGCGCACAUGACUUUUCUGAAGCAACGGAUUGUGCAUUUGUUGUCGUUCGCUACUUUUAGGGCUGAACUUUGAUAGAGACAGCAUGGAGAACCACAUGGAGCCGCAGAACAGCACGGAGGACGUCCGCAGGAGCGGCUAUCUCCGCAAGCAGAAGUCCAUGCACCGGCGCUACUUCGUGCUGCGGGCUGCUUCAGAGCGCGGCCCGGCCCGACUCGAAUACUACGAGAGUGAGAAGAAAUUUCGUGGUAAAGCGCCCGUGCCCAAAAAGGCUCUGGCGCUGGAGACGUGCUUCAACAUAAACAAACGGGCCGACUCGAAGAAUAAACACAUGAUAGUGCUCUACACGCGGGCGGAGAGUUUCGUGGUGGCGGCCGAGAACGAGGCGGACCAGGAGGAAUGGUACCAGGCGAUGGUGGAGCUUCAGUGCAAGAGUAAAGCACUGUGUGACAGUGCGAAUGGGGGAGACUAUGGAGUACCAUCCCCUGGUCCUGCCUUCAAGGAGGUCUGGCAAGUGAAAGUUUGGCCUAAAGGUCUAGGCCAAGCCAAGAACCUGGUGGGCGUCUACAGACUCUGCCUAACUGAGAAGACUGUCAACUUUGUCAAGCUGAACUCAGAUGCAGCUGCUGUUGUGCUCCAACUGAUGAAUGUGAGGCGUUGUGGUCAUUCUGAAAACUUUUUCUUUGUGGAGGUAGGCCGUUCUGCAGUAACUGGCCCUGGAGAGUUUUGGAUGCAAGUGGAUGAUUCAGUGGUAGCACAGAAUAUGCAUGAGACUUUGCUGGAAGCGAUGAAGGCCCUGAGUGAGGAGUUUCGCCAACGUAGCAAGUCACAGUCAACUGCUGCGGGAGCAGGAGGUGGCACUACUGCAUCAAAUCCCAUCAGUGUUCCGUCUCGACGCCAUCACCCGAAUCCUCCACCCAGCCAGGUUGGAUUCACAAGACGUCCACGUACUGAACCACCUGGGUCUACUGGAGGGUGUAAUAAUAAUUCCCCAACUUCUCGUCACAGCUUUCCCCGUACUCGAACAUCUAGCGAUGGUGCAAAAGUUGAUGAUGGAGCAUGUGCAACAACUGGAGGAAUUAUGCCAUGCUCAAGUCCCACAACCAAUGGUUCAAUUUCAAAUACCCCAAUACUGAGAUCAACAUCUGUCCGUGCUUCAACUCCAGUUAAAGCACAGCAUGCGCUAAUGAGAUCCACCUCAACCCCAGCUCCUUCAGCUGCACCAAGUAUGCCCUCUGGCUCAGUCCAUGGAUCUGAGUUUUGUGCAACUGGAACCGGUACAGGCAACAGUGGUGGGGGAGCUAAUGGUAGCAUGUACAGUCGAAUACCUCUCCGACAGCCCUCUGUCUCUGGUUCUCUUAGUGACUACGGAUCCUCGGAUGAAUAUGGCUCCAGCCCUGGUGAGCAUUCUCUGCUAACCUCAACAAUGCAGGCUGGGUUUACUGCUAGUUCAGGUAGCAAUUCUCUUGGGGAUGAGGCAUCCAACUAUAUUCUCAUGAGUCAGAGGGGAUCAUCAAAAUCUCAACCAAGCCAAAAUGCUUUGCCACAGACCAGGAGGGUUUUGAGGCGCUCUUCUAGCAGAGAAUGCGAAGCAGAGCGCAGGAUAAUGAGCAAGAGGGCUUCCCUCCCACCCAUGGCCUUAGAGAGACUUGCACCUCUUCGUCGAACUGGGGAAGAUGCUGUUGAAGAGGAUGACUAUGCAAUUAUGACCCAAACCAGCAGCCGAGAAUCCUUUGUAUCAAGGCAGGAUUCAGGACAGUCAACAAGUGGAACAGGAUACUUGGAUGUAGCUGCAGAGAUCAAAGGUGAUGGUGGUAGCAUUGACACAGGAAUUACUGCUGUUAUUGGAGGAGCUAAAGGAGCAGUAGAUAACGGCUACAUGUCCAUGUUACCUGGAGUUACUGCUCCCCCAGUAUCCCUUUCUCAUUCCCUGUCAGUAACAGUUUCAGAUUCAGACUCAAAAUCUGCUGAUGAUUAUAUGGCCAUGACCCCCAAUAACAGCAUUUCACCUCCACGGCAGAUUCGUCCACCUUCUGGCACAGAUGGCUACAUGAUGAUGUCUCCCAACAGUAGCUGUUCACCAGACCAGCGAGGGGUCCCUACUGCCUGGGUUGGCAGUAGCAGUGCUGACAGUCGAACUGGCAGUGACUACAUGAAUAUGUCACCUAUAAGUGCUCGCUCUGCCAAUAGUACCCCACCACCACCUGAGCCCCACACUCCAUCUGACCAGCAUUCUCAUCAGCCUCAACCCAAAAUGGUAUAUUCUUACUAUUCUUUACCACGCUCCUACAAACAUAAUACUUCAACACACUUUGAGGAAGGGCCAGGAAGAGGGAAGCAUUUGGUUAAUGGGGGUAAAGGCAUUGGAGGAGGUAGGGGACUUUGUAAUAGCAAGUCUAAGCAUCAGGAACCCCUUGUUGGUCGACAUCUGUCGCUUUCAUCAUCCUCAUAUUCCUCCAGUUCUGCUAGCAGUGAGAGCUUGGGUGAAGGUGAAGAAAAGGCCAUUAAAGGGACAGGAGGAGCAGCAGGUGUUACUGCAAAGGAUAUUGAGCGAGGAUCUUUGCAGCAAAGACAAGUGUCUGGAAGGGCAAAGCAAGGUCAUUCUGGUCACAGAGGUCGGCCCCUAAGUUUAUUUGUAGAUGUCAAUAAAGCCAACACAUUACCCAGAGUCCGUGAGACACCUCUACUUCCUGAGCCUAAGAGCCCUGGGGAGUAUGUCAGCAUUGAGUUCAAAGGUGAGCGAAACCAAAAGGCAGGAGGUAAUGGAACCAGUGGAUUUCGGCAAGAUGCUUCUCUUCCACCCAGUUCUCACCGCCACUUACCUAGGCCAACCUCUUGUGUUGCCGGGUUCUUACAAUUCCCACAAAGCUCCUCCACCCCAAUUCCUCCAUCAACUGCCUCUGAGUAUGUCAAUAUGGAGCUAGGAGUCUCACUAUCUCCCUCGCCUAUCUCUCUUACACCGCUUGGGUUUCCUUCAUUCCCUACCCCUCCGGUCACGCCUGCAGCAGCUCCUAAAGCUCAUGAUGAGCACAGAUCAACAGUUCUAAAUGACAAUGAUGCAGAGAGGGAGAUGGGACAAAGAAAAAGCAGGCAGGGAUCAGUACCACAGUCAGGAGACUCACCCACAGCCUGUGGUGACUACACAAAGAUGGCCUUUAGCUUGAACUCAGGCAGCACGUUGAGUUCUACAUCACCAAAAUCCCCUUUGCUAGACCAGCCUGAGUCAGUAGUUCCAGCCCUAGGUUUGGGACUGGGACUAGACUUUCCACUUGCAAAAAUCCCAAACCCUGAUCAUGGGGCUAAAGUUAUCAGAGCAGAUCCACAAGGUCGUCGACGCCACUGUUCUGAAACGUUUCAAGCUCCUUCCUCACUUCUAGCUUGCCCUUCAACAUCAUCUUCCUCUGCAUUUCCUGAUCACACUCAAGUCAUUUCCCGUCGGCUUGGUUUAGAUGGUAUGCUUUGGGGGAACAGUAGCUCAGCAGAUAUCUCAUCUCAGUACAUUAAUCCUGGACUAUCUAGUCUAUCUGUUUCACAGACGUCAUCUAUGGAGCAGGGACUCAAUUACAUAGACUUGGACCUGGCUAACAAGGAAAGUUCACAUGCUGCUACAGAUGGACAAGCAGCUGUGCACACACCUGCAUCCCGUAUCUUUUCCUCUGUGCUAGGUGUUGGAGGAGCAGCAGGGGGCUUAGGAACUGGAGGUUCAGGCAGUAAUGCUUCAAAUCUCAACAUGUAUGCUAGCAUUGACUUCUACAAGUCAGAAGAGCUACGGACACACCAAGGUAGCAGCAGCAGCAGCAGAAAAGAUGGUACAGAGUGUUGAAACCUCAGCAGUGUGGGAUUCUGGGAAAUAUACUGCCUGCGGUCUCCCGAUCAGCUGAAAGCCAGAGGAGAACGAGUGCGGUGUGACCCCAAAAGCACUUUCAGAAGACUCUCUGCAACAAGUGCAGCCGCCUGUGCUGUCCAGACUCUCCACAGACCAGCACAACAGCCAAUCAGAGAGGAGAAUCAAGACACCGCAGCCAAUGACAGUGACCUCUGAGCUUCAGCAGAAACUUGAACAGUAUUUACAAUCCUUCACAAUCAUUGAACGUGUUAUGUAUAUACAAAAAGUGCCUCUUGUUUUUGAUUGUCGCUUUCUGAAGACUUUCAAGUUUUCAAGUUCUGAAUAAUUGCUUGAAGAGUAAGAUUGUUAUUCUUUUACUUUCUGUAAAAACUGAACUGAUAAGGAAGGUACAUUGGGUUAUUGGAGGGUCUACAUAAACCAAAACAAUUAUAAACAUAUAUGAAAGUUUCCCUCACAUGUCCUUUCACUUUGCAGUGUUUACAUAAAAAGGAAUUUAAUUUAAGAAUGUAGAAAAAACGAUGGUGCCAUUCAAUAUGGAAACAAAAUUAUCACUUGGAAAUUCACUUUUACAAUGUGUUUUAAGGCAGAAUGGUGGCUCAAUGGUUAGCACUUACAGCAAGGAGGUCUCUGGUUCAAGCCCUAGGCCAGUUGGUAUUUCUGUGUGGAGUUUGAAUGUUCUUACCAUGUUGGUGUGGGUUUCCUCCGGGUGCUCCGGUUUCCUCCACAGUCCAAAGACAUGCACUAUAGGUGAAUUGGGUAAACUAAACUCUGUAGUGUAUAAGAGUGUGCGUGAAAAUGCGAGAGUGCAUGGGUGUUUCCCACUAUUGGGUUGUGGCUGGAAGGGCAUCCGCUAUGUAAAACAUAUGCUGGAAUAGUUGGUGGUUCAUUCCGCUGUUGCAAUCUCUGAAAUGGAGACUAAGCCGAAGAAAAAUGAACAAAUGUGUUUUGAGUAAAACACAAAAUGUACAGUAAAAUAGUUUCGUUCUGCAAACUACUGAAGACAUUUGUCCUAAAUUUAAAAUCAAAGUGUUUUAUUUUUAAAUAAGAUGCCAUGUGUCCAAUUCCAGACCUUUUUUUUCAUUUUAAGAAAACACAAUGCCAAUGUUUCAACUUCUGAGUUCAACACUUCACGGAUUAACCCUUAAUCUCAAGACCCGAAAAGAGAAGAGAAAGCUUAUUCUUUUACUUUCUGUAAAAUAAACUUAGCUGAUAAAGAAGGUGGUAAAAGCAGCAGAGGGAGCGCUAAUAGCAUUCAGUAGCAUCACUGACUAGUUGAUCGCCCUCCCUGAUCUUUAUUUCUUUCACCUUAUGUGUGCUCUGUUGAAGCCAUGCAUUAAGACUGAAGUGCCUGUCUGUUUUCCGCUUCUUCUCCUCCUCCUCCUCCUCCUCCUGCUCGUCCUGAAAGGAACCGGUAGCAGACGUUUGGCUGGAUGUCACUGAGCGUCUAUUUAUACUCUGAGCGUUUGUGUUUGUAUGAGGGUGUUCUGCGGUAGAUUCACCUCCACUAGCACGCAAUGAUGCUAAAGCUGACCCAAUGCACACUGGACUGAACCAAUGACAGUCUGGAGUGGGGGAGGGAGGGUUUGAAGUAUGUAAUUUGGGAAUCGUCCUCGCGUACUGUAUCGCAGUGACAUCUUUUUGCUGGCCAACAGUGCUAAAAUAAAAACAGGAGUGUUUAAUACAUGA